UAAGAAUCUUAACAAUAUAAGCAAGCUUUGAUUUAGAAUUUACUUGGCCCAACAAACAUAAAAAAAUUUCCAAGAAUUGAAAAUUAAACUAUUUUUUAUUUAUACGAAUAACCGAUUGACCAAAAGUUUUUAUACAGUCAUGCAUACCAUUGGACGUAAGAACCUAAGUAGUGAAGAAGUGGAAGAGGUAUAUAAAUGGUUAAGACAAAAUAGUGUGUGCACAAACAGGCUACGGCGAGAGUUUUCUGAUGUUUUGCCACUUGCUGAAUUAUUAAAACGUGACUAUCCUCGCUUGAUUGAUCUCUUUAACUAUCCGAAAAAAAAUAGUGUUCAAUUGAAAUUGGCUAACUGGGAAACAUUCAACUUUAAAGUGCUCUCUAAGUUUAACAUGACACUAAGUAAAGAGUUUAUGGAACUCCUGGCUAACGGUAUAAAUGGGGCAGCAGAAGUGUUGUUACAUGAAGUUAUUAGAUUGGAGAAGCGGCAGCGGUUGGUAGAAGAACGUAAUGCCAUUUUGCGACAAGAACAGGCUUGGGAAGAAAAUGACGAAGUCAAAACCGUUGUAAUUAAUAAGCAAAUUGGUGAUGGUAUAGUUCAAAUGCCGCAAAAAAUGAUUCUUUACUCACUAUACGAAAAAAUUGCACGUGAUAGCCAGUCUAAAGAUGUAAUAAUAGACGCCUAUCAACAACGAUUAGCUCAUAUGGAAAAUAUUAUUAAGGUUAAAACGGAGCGUAUAGAAGAGCUUCUAAUGCAAAUGGGAAAAAUACCUCAAAAAGAAACUGGUACCUCAUCAAAUUGUGUUGUUGCAUCUGUCCAUCUCGACAGUUCCAUUUAAUUAAAACAAUUCUUCAUACACCAAUUCUUCUAUCACAACACAAUAAUCACCAAAUUGCUAAAUUACUUAAACCUAAGAAAAUAUGUUAAACAAAAAAAAUCAUGUCAUCUUUUAUGAAACAAGAAAUAACAUAUGAGAGCUUCAAAAGGUUAUAAAAAGUUAUUUGGCAAUCGAUUUACGCUGUUGAUAGUUUUAUAAACCAAAAUACAUAUAUAAAUUAUAUUGUUAUAUUCAUUAAUAAAAGUUUCUUAAAAACACCCAUUGUUAGGACGAAAA